CUUUGCCCCAUCUUCUUUCUGCCCAGGGCCAUCAGGGCCACUUCAGUUGUCAGAGACAGAACCUUUCUCAGCCUGGCGAUACAAAGAUGGUGUGCUGGCCCACAGAGUCUAGGGAUGGGUGCAGACAGAGUGGCCAGUACUUUUGUUUUCCAUUCUAUGUUGGGGGCUGGGUAGGGGUCCUGCUGGUGCCUGCACCAAGGCUGAAGGAAAAGUGGGGGCUGAGGGAGGAGGAAUGGGUGCUGGUUGGGCACCAUCCUGGGUGUCCUUCACCUUCCCUGAGCUGGCUGCUUGCCCACUCCUGCCUGGCCCCUGCAACUCAUCCUAUUGCUGUUGUGUGCUUUGGACCCACGUGGAGAACCAACAACCAUGGCCUUCAUCGCUCCCUGGCUUGGGUUGAUUGAGACCUAGUUAUUUUUGUUUGUUUGUAAAAUUCAACUUCCUGAAUGGAAAGAUAGCAGUGAACAUAUCUUGGCUCUUUUGGGAAAACCCCAAAUCUGGUAAUAACAUCUACCACCCACUGGGUCAUGCAUGGGAUACUGCUGUAACUCUGCUGGAGGAGGAGGAGGGACUGACAUUUGUUGGGCCUACUGCGUGCUGUUCAUUGGCAUUCUCCCUGCACUGUGCCUGCAGUGACUCACAGAGGUUGGGUGUACAGCAUCACCCUUGUAUUUCUGGAGCUGAAGUCUUGACCAAGCCAUGCAGGCAACAGGAACCAGAUGUGUCCAUGGGCUCUGCAGACCAGCAGUUCAACCUUGCAGAGAUCCUGUCGCAGAACUACGGCAUCCAGGAGGAGUGUGAAGGGGCCGAGAGACGCCCAGAGCAGCCCGAGGAGGAGCUGGACAAGGACUUCAUCUCCCAGAGCAGUGACAUGCCCCUUGAUGAGCUGCUUGCCCUCUAUGGCUAUGAGACAUCAGACCCCAUCUCAGAGCGGGAGAGUGAGGGCAGUGAUACUACAGCCAACCUCCCGGACAUGACCCUGGACAAGGAACAAAUAGCGAAGGAUUUGCUUUCAGGGGAAGAAGAGGAAGAGACACAGUCCUCGGCUGAUGACCUCACCCCAUCUGUGACCUCCCAUGAGGCCUCCGACCUUUUCCCUAGCCAGAGUGGAUCCCGCUUCCUGACUGGCACAGACAAAGAGCUGGGUUCUUCCACCUCAUCUGACACAGAGGAGGACCCUCUUCCUGCCAACAAAUGUAAGAAGGAGAUCAUGGUUGGGCCUCAGUUUCAAGCCGACCUCAGCAACCUGCACUUGAACCGCCAUGGUGAGAAGAUCUAUGAGAAUGAAGACCAGCUGUUGUGGGACCCGAACAUUCUCCCUGAGAGGGAGGUGGAAGAGUUCCUGUACCGGGCAGUCAAGCGGAGAUGGCACGAGACGACCGGGUCUCAACUCCCAGAGGGAGAAACAGUGAAAGAUAGUGAGCAGGCACUGUAUGAGCUGGUGAAAUGCAGUUUCAAUGUGGAGGAGGCUCUGCGGAGACUGCGGUUUAAUGUGAAGGUGAUCCGAGACGGGCUCUGUGCUUGGAGUGAGGAGGAAUGCAGAAACUUUGAGCACGGCUUUCGAGUGCACGGGAAAAACUUCCACCUGAUCCAGGCCAAUAAGGUGCGUACACGGUCUGUGGGCGAGUGUGUGGAGUACUACUACCUGUGGAAGAAGUCUGAGCGCUAUGACUACUUCUCACAGCAGACACGGCUGGGCCGGAGGAAGUAUGGCCCAUCAGGAACCACGGACACAGACCAGGACCUAGACGGCAGUGACCCCGAUGGCCUUGCCCGUCCCCGCUCCUCACCACCCCUGCCCCCUGCUGCUGACAGCCUAGGCCCUGAGCAGGACCCUCUGGCACGGAUGCACAUAGAACCGCUGAGCGUGGACGGCAUGACUGGCAGUCUUGGUGAGCCUGAGGAGGGCUCCAACAGCCUCCCAUCCUCGGAGCCAGGGCCCUGUCUGUUCCAGCAGCUGGACGAGGUCCCGGCUGUGCCCCUGCCCCAGCGGCCCCCAGCCCUGGCCGAGCCGGCCUUCUGCCCCUCCACUGCAGCUGCUCCAGAGCCCAGCACCAGCUCGAGGUUGGCUGUGGACUUGGCCCUGCCCGAGGCCCUUCCUGAGGAGCAGCCACUGGUCUCCAGCCACGUGGAUAUGGAUGGAGAGCCUGAGGAAGCUGUGGCCCCUGCACAGGUGGCCUUGUCGGUCACUGAGUUUGGACUUAUUGGCAUUGGGGACGUGAAUCCUUUCCUGGCUGCCCACUCAGUGUGCCCGGGCCCUGGGCUGCACUCGGAGCCCCUGUCACACUGUAACGUGAUGACCUGUUGAUUCCUGGCCACAGGUGGGCGUGUGUGGCCUAGACUGGACUUGAGGCCACUCUGGGGCCUGCCUCUGUCAGUCUUCCCGACCCUUUUCCUCGUGGGCCUCGGGUAACGCCAUCUCUGCUUCAGAACACUUCAAGGACUAGGGUGAGCAGUGGCAGGGCUAUCAGCCCUGCCCCUCCCCAACACAGACUGGCACCCUCAGCGCCUGGCCCCACUGCCUGGCUCCAGGCUGCCACCCACCGUGGGACCCAUUGGGCAGCUGGGUGCAAAGGACCCGGCCCCCUCUAGCCAGCAGAGGCGAGGAAAGGCAUGCCUGCCCAUCAGGGAGAUGGGGAGACAGGGCAGGAUGCCGCUCCCCCCACCAGCAGCCUCCGCCCAGGGAGUCCACAGCACUCUGCUUGGCUCUGUCUCACUGCACCUGGCAGGGUCGUGGGCUGCACCUGGCAGGGCCAUGGGCUGCCCCAGCCCAGGGGUCAGUGGACAGCUGCUACUCGGUGCCAAACCCCAUGGGGCACAGAGCCAUAUACCUCGACGUUGGCCCUGCCCCACCCUUGACCUCGCCCACUCUGUCCACUUCAGGAAAAGCCGCACUUUACGCCCAUCUGCCUCUCUAUCUGCCCAAGGGCCUCUCAGCAGCCUCGUGCAGGCAGGGUUCCAAGACAGGUGACGGACACCCCCCUGUCGCCUGCAAUGCUGAGGGGCCAGGUUCCAGCCUGUUUUCCUGACCCUGCAGGUCGUAUUUCUGUUGAAACUCCCCAGCAAGAUGGUUUGGGGUCCUGGUCCUUCUCUGCCCUUACCUCCCUCAUUUUAUUUAUGUUUCUGUUUACAAAUUGGAGUGGGGUCCUCCACAGGGGCAGGGCAGUACUCCCCAGUCCCGGGUGUCACCAGGAGAGUUUUGGCUCGAGCCCAUCUGCAGAGUUGAACUCAGCCUUCCCUGUCACCCCACCAAGGACCACACUGUGAAGUGAUAACUGCCUUGAAUCCCUUGCUGUUUUAUUUAUUAAACUUUAUUUG